AGCUAUCGGGCUUUUAGUUAGCACGAGCUAAUAGCUGGACCGAGCCUAAACCAGGUUCACGUCGUAAAGGUUCCUUCGUUCUACACAAAGCGGCCCGAACCUGAGCUUCGUUUCGUAAUACUGCGAGCACGUGACGCUCGAAGCAAAUCCUCGCCGCCGCCGCCGCCACCACCAUCACCGCAGCCAUGAGAGGCGCCAACCGCCGCCGCACGGGAGCCUCCAGCUCGGCCUCCAUCGCCUCUACGUCUACCAAGCGCGAACGCGAAGAAGAAUCCGCCAGCGCCGCCGACGAAUCGAGCGACGGCGAGGAGGUCCCCUCGUCGUCCGCGUCGGAGUCGGAGUCGGAGAGCGGCGGCGAGGACGCGGAGCGGGAGCGGGAGCUGGAGCGCGCGCUCGCAGACGUGCCCUUCGGAGAGUUGCAGCGCGCGAGGGCCGACGGGUCGCUGGCGCGAGCCACCUCUGCGGCCAAGGCAGCCGCGGAGAAGAAGGCUCGCAGGGUUAGCAAGAGGAGGCCUAUGGAGAUAAGCACGAAAGUGCGGCCACCGAAAUUGAGGGAGGUGAUACAGGUUCCCAAGAAGGUUGGAAGGGAUCCAAGAUUUGAGCCUGUAUAUGGAUCUGUUGACAAAGAAGGGUUUAGGAAAAGAUACAAUUUCUUAUUUGAUGAAGACUUUCCUGCUGAAAAAGAAAGACUGCAAAAAAUGAUUAAGAAAUCUAAGGACCCAGAUGCCAUUGGAGAAAUGAAGAGUCGUGUCACGUGGAUUGUGAAGUCUCAUCCUCCAAAGAACGUUGAAUCGGAAAUCUUGCGUGAGCAUAUCAAGAAAGAGAGGGAGGCAGCAAAGGCUGGAAAACGACCAUACUAUCUGAAGAAAUCUGAACUUCGCGAAAGGAAGCUGAUGAACAAGUACAACGAGCUCAAGGAGGCAGGAAAGCUUGAUGCAUUCAUGGAAAAGCGACGGAAGAAGAAUGCCUCCAAAGAUCAUCGGUUCAUGCCAUACCGACGUAGUGGAGAUGCAUAAUAGUUUCCUAAUUCUGGAGGCGAGCGAAAGGAUGAUUUUAGGACUGUCUUCUCAUGGUGGCUGGACACUGGACAGUCAGUGUCUCUGUUACUUUGUUGCCCUAGCCGUACAAUCGUUAGCUUCGUGCACAAUCUACAUUGAGCUUAGUAACACUUUUUUUUUGCUAUACUAAAUUAUGGAUAUGUUCCGUUUUGCACAACCUCGUUUCAGCCUCUUUCCUACCUUUUUAA